GGAGGAGCCCGCGGAAGGCGGAAGUGUGUCCGCCGGCGGUCUGGGGAGCCGGGCGGAGGUGUGCUUGGUUGGCACCUGGCGGCUCUUCCGGGUCUGGGCGCGGGGACACGGAGGCGGUGCGCGGGAGCGAGUGAGCGGUAGACGAUGCCCUGAAGCGGCUGCGCGGCCUGGCGGGGUGUGUAGGUUGACGGCCCCCGCCGCCUACGCGCGAGGCCGCCUCCUCCAGGCAGCCGCCCGCCCCUGUCAGGGCCUCGCGCCCAGUGGUGGCCCGGGCCUCCGGGCCCCCGGGCCCAGACCCCGUGCUAUGACGGCGGCCGCCGCCUCCAACUGGGGGCUGAUCAUGAACAUAGUGAACAGCAUAGUAGGGGUUAGUGUCCUCACCAUGCCCUUCUGCUUCAAACAGUGCGGCAUCUUCCUGGGGAUCCUGCUGCUGGCGUUCUGCUCCUGGAUGACGCACCAGUCCUGCAUGUUCCUGGUGAAGGCUGCCAGCCUGAGCAAGCGGAGGACCUACGCGGGCCUGGCGUUCCACGCCUACGGGAAGGCCGGGAAGAUGCUGGUGGAGACCAGCAUGAUCGGGCUGAUGCUGGGCACCUGCGUGGCCUUCUACGUGGUCAUCGGCGACCUGGGCUCCAACUUCUGUGCGCGGCUGUUCGGGUUUCAGGUGACCGGCCCCGUGCGGGCGCUGCUGCUGUUCGGGGUCUCGCUGUGCAUCGUGCUGCCGCUGAGCCUGCAGCGCAACCUCAUGGCCUCCAUCCAGUCCUUCAGCGCCAUGGCCCUGCUCUUCUACCUGACCUUCCUGCUCGUGGUCCUGCUGUCCUCGUUCAAGCACGGCCUCUUCAGUGGGCAGUGGAUGCAGCGGGUCAGCUACGUCCGCUGGGAGGGCGUCUUCCGCUGCAUCCCCAUCUUCGGCAUGUCCUUCGCCUGCCAGUCCCAGGUCCUGCCCACGUACGACAGCCUGGACGAGCCCUCGGUGAAGACCAUGAGCUCCAUCUUUGCCUCCUCCCUCCACGUGGUGACCCUCUUCUACGUCCUGGUGGGGUUCUUCGGCUACGUGAGCUUCACCGAGGCCAUCGCCGGCAACGUGCUGAUGCACUUCCCCUCCAACCUGGUGACGCAGAUGGUCCGCGCCGGCUUCAUGAUGUCCGUGGCCGUGGGCUUCCCCAUGAUGAUCCUGCCCUGCAGGCAGGCCCUGAACACCCUGCUCUUCGAGCACCAGCAGAAGGACGGGACCUUCGCCGCCGGGGGCUACAUGCCGCCCCUGCGCUUCAAGGCGCUCACGCUCGCGGUGGUGUUCGGGACCAUGGUCGGCGGCAUCCUGAUCCCCAACGUGGAGACGAUCCUGGGCCUCACGGGCGCCACCAUGGGGAGCCUCAUCUGCUUCAUCUGCCCGGCCCUGAUCUACAGGAGGGUCCACAAGAGCACGCUCUUCUCCCAGGUGGUGCUCUGGGUCGGCCUGGGCAUCCUGGUGGUCAGCACGCUCACCACCCUGUCUGUGAGCGAGGAGGUCCCUGUGGACUUGGACGUGGGGAAGGAAGCCCCUGGCGGCCGGCGUGCAGAGGCCGAGGGAGUGGCGAAGGCGGAGGCGGCCCAGCUCCCAGGUACGCGGCUCUCAGGCCAGGACCCGGGCGCGGCCGCGGCCGCAGACGGACGAGAUGAGCCGCAGCCGCCGCGGGAGAAGGACGAGGCGGAGCAGGCGCAGAUCAAGGGCCCCGUGGACCUGCCCCCACGGGAGGGCGCCCCGGAGAAGCAGGAGGCGGCGCAGCUGGACCGGCCUGGGCAAGGUGUGGCGGCACCUGUGGGCGAGGCCCACCGCCACGAGCCCCCCGUCCCGCACGACAAGGUGAUGGUGGACGAAGGCCAAGACCGAGAAGGACCGGAGGAGGACGUGCGUCCGCACGUGGACGGAGCGGCUCCUGGGGCCAAGGGCCAGGUGGCGCUGCCCCUGCUGGACCCGGAGCGGGAGAGGCGCGGGCAGGCCCAGGCCGUGGGGGCCGUGGGGGCCGUGGAGCCCCAGCAGGCCGCAGAGGGGCACGGGCAGCUGGCCGCGCAGCCCGCGGAGGAGAAGGACGAGAGGCCGGGCGGCGGGGGUCUGCACCCAGCGCCCCCGGCAGGGCUCCCCGAGGGGCCGGAUGCCCCGGAGGCAGGCGCCCAGGACAGAGCAGACGGCGUCCCGAUGCCAGACCUGGCCAUGGGGGCCGCAGGCAAGCCGGCGGCGGACAGGGAGCCUGGUGGGAAGCCGGCUCCCGGGGCUGGGCAGCCAGCAGAGCCCCGAGGCCAGAGGAACUCGGAGGGACAGGCCGGAGACCUCGCAGAGGGACAGGCCGGAGAGCACGCUGGCAGCAAGUUGGAGGCCGAAAUCCAAAAGAUGGUCGCAGAAGCCGGCAGGGCGGAGAUGCUGGACCACGCCGUCCUGCUGCAGGUGAUCAAGGAGCAGCAGGUGCAGCAGAAGCGCCUCCUGGACCAGCAGGAGAAGCUGCUGGCCGUGAUCGAGGAGCAGCACAAGGAGAUCCACCAGCAGCGGCAGGACGGGGAGGAGGUGGACGCGCAGGCCGAGCCUGGGGCGGCGGCACCGCGGAGGAAGGAGCAGGAGGCCCGCGACGUGGGGACGGUGGCGCAUCCCCCUCUGCGGCCCGUGGAGCCUGAGCCCGGGGCCCCGGAGCAGCCGCCGGCUCUGCCCCAGGGACACAGCCAGCGCCCCCCGGAGGACCCCAGGGGGGCCGAAGGCGGAGCCCCAGCGGGCCGUCCUGGGGUGCUCCACCCCGAGCGGCAGGGAGCCCGGGCCGAGCCGAGGGAAGGCCGGCAGGGCCAGGGCGCCGGCGCUGAGCCGCAGGGGGCUGCGGUGCAGGAGCGCGCCCCAGAAUCAGACCUCGCGGGGGCGCUUGGGGGUCCAGAGAGGCGAGACGCCCGGGACCACCCCGGGCAGAGUCGGGGCGCUGGCGGCCGAGGCUCCCAGGAGAAGGACAAGCCUGGAAAGGAGGGAGCGGCCGCUGGGGCCCACGCGCCAGAGGCCGCCGGCGCAGGGGCAGCGGGGGCCAAGGCUGGGGACCCUGGCGUGGAGCCCCAGCACGGGGGCCGAGACCAGAGGCCGACAGGCCUGCCCAGCAGGUCGGGAGGGGCAGCGCUGGGGGCCCGGGCCGAGUCCUGGAGGUCGGAACGCCCGGCCGUCUCUGCCAGGGCCCAGGGAGGCCACCCAGGGGCAAGACAGGACGCCCUCGGUGGGGACCGAGUGCCCGCUCCCAGGGAGGACGCUGCCACCCACGCGCCCGGGCCGAGGCCGGACCCCGAGGUCAGGCCCGAACAGGCUGCGCCCGGAGCUCUGAAGCCGGACGACGCCAAGCCCAACCGAGACCUGAAAGUGCAGGUCGGCGCCGACCUCCGGAGGCGACGGCGGGAUGUGGCUGCCCGCGAGGGCGGCGGGCCGGCCCCCGGACAGGGGCUCAUCAUCAGCUUCCACCCGCUGUCCGACGUGCAGGCCGGCGACCUCCAUGGCGCCCUCGACGCCCGGCUCCGGCAGGCUGCCGGGGGUGCUCUGCGGGUGGUGCACAGCCGCCAGAUCAAACAGUGGCCGGGGGCCCGGGAGGAGGCCUGAGCGCUCCCCAGCGCCCGCCGGCCUCCCGGCCAGGUGGGCCCACCCAGUCCCGGAGCUCCGGCUCUAGAGGGGCGGUCCGAGGGUGCGUGGCCUGUGUCCUUCCCCAGAGGUGUCUCUGCCGCCACAGACGCAGCUCCCAACCUGUCCAGACCGAGCUGACUGUGGCCGCCCCUCCACAUCCCGAGACGGCAGGUGCCCCGCAGCUGUGGGGCCCGUGGGCGAGGGCUGGUGCUGCCCGUCCUGACAUGUGGCUGCCCAGACUGGCCCCGGCCUCCCACCUCCGGGUGCUGCGGGCUGCCCUUGCUCGCGGGCUGAGUGUCGCA